AUGCGUCCGCCUUGUCUUGUUGCGUUUCUCUGCAGUGUGUUCCUCUCUGCCGUUCAACCGCCGCAUCUCACGAUCCCAUCGCCGUUAAGCAAGGAUCCAGUCUCAGAGCUGUCGGCGAUGUGCCAUUUCAACUUGUCCGAGCUUCUCUUCAUGCACUCUUCUUGCCCUCUCUACGCUCUGUGCUCAGCACUCCCCCAGGUCCCAGUGAUAGGCAACGUCGUACGUGCGUCCAGCAGCAACUGGUCGCACGGCCCUCGACAGGGGCUCCCCCAACUUAUACCAUUCACACCCUACCCUCUGGUGUUUAUUCGUACAACAGCACAUCGACCUUCCCAUCAACAGUUGUUCGUCCGUGCUCUUCUCCCUCAGUUACCCAAAGAGGGUGCCGACUGUCUGGGACUGCCGACUUCACUGUUUCUAAUCGCCGACUCCAGCGGGCUUAAGCACCCAAGUCACACCAUAAACUCGGCACCUCCAGACCCCUACCUUAGUCAUGAGCCUUACGAGCCCAUGGCCUGUCCGUCCGUCUGUCUGUCUGUUCAUUCGAGAGACGGAGAGCCUCCCCUACCCCCAUCCAGCACUGGACACUCUUGGGCCCGCGAAACCGGCCGCCGCCGACUCUAG